AUGUUGAAAAAGAAAACUAGCAGCGGCGAAAAGAAGAGGAAACACUCCGCUCCAGAGGAUAGACAGGAGGGGAGGAAGAAGAGGAGCGCCGAGGCCAGUGUGGAGCAGGAGUCUAAAGAUGACCUGGCUGAUGCAGAGCUGGACCGGAUCGGCAGUGACAUUGAAGAAGGAGGACUCGACCUCACCGUGGACUUUCAGCCAAUCAUAGCCUUCGUCUCAGACAAGAAGGAAAUGCUGCAGCAGAGUUUCCGUGUCCUGGGAGAAAAGAAACUACGCAAGAUGCUGCCGGACGAAUUCAAGGAUUUCAGUAUAGAUGAAGUUCAAAAGUUGUGUUGGGAGCAACUGGAAGACCUCUCUGAGAAAAAUCUACUCCAGGUCCUCACAGGGGAAGAGUUGACGUCCUCCACAGAAGCGACGCAGGAGUCUGUGGAAAGCCAGCAAGACAACAUUGUGGAUUCAACAUCUUUCCCCCAAGACGUAGCAAAAAGUGAAGAAACUAAAGAAGUUUCGAGCGAAGAGAGCGACGUGUUGAGCAUAAACGCAGACGUGGACGACAGCGACAUCGAGGCGCCGAAAGUCGAACCGAGCGUGAAAACUACAGACGCCGCUUCGAACCAAGUCUCGGCCAACAAAGAGUCGGACCCAGCGAGACCUGCUCCAGUCUCAGAGCAGCCCCUCGCCGUGGCCCCUUCACACAAACCCAAGAAGGACAUCCAAAGUGACAUCGACAAGAGCGUGAGUGAGAUACUGGCCUUUUCGGUCGCUGCAUCACCACCGCCGCCGCCGCCAUCGCUGCCCCUGUCGCUACCGCCGCCGAGCGUGGACCAAACCCCGGAAACUUCUGCGGUCCAAAGUGCGCCCGCUUCAGUCCCAGGAGCGGUCUGCCAGCCCUCCAUCCAGCAACUAGAACUGCUAGAGCUGGAGAUGAGAGCCCGCGCCAUCAAGGCUCUGAUGAAAGCGGGGAAAACCGAUUCCACCCACACUAACCUCCUCACCCCCAUCACCCACACUAACCUCCUCACUCCCAUCACCCACACUAACCUCCUCACUCCCAUCACCCACACUAACCUCCUCACCCCCAUCACCCACACUAACCUCCUCACUCCCAUCACCCACACUAACCUCCUCACUCCCAUCACCCGCACUAACCUCCUCACCCCCAUCACCCACACUAACCUCCUCACCCCCAUCACCCACACUAACCUCCUCACCCCCAUCACCCACACUAACCUCCUCACUCCCAUCACCCACACUAACCUCCUCACUCCCAUCACCCGCACUAACCUCCUCACCCCCAUCACCCACACUAACCUCCUCACUCCCAUCACCCACACUAACCUCCUCACCCCCAUCACCCACACUAACCUCCUCACCCCCAUCACCCACACUAACCUCCUCACUCCCAUCACCCACACUAACCUCCUCACCCCCAUCACCCGCACUAACCUCCUCACCCCCAUCACCCUCACUAACCUCCUCACCCCCAUCACCCACACUAACCUCCUCACCCCCAUCACCCGCACUAACCUCCUCACCCCCAUCACCCACACUAACCUCCUCACCCCCAUCACCCACACUAACCUCCUCACCCCCAUUACCCGCACUAACCUCCUCACCCCCAUCACCCACACUAACCUCCUCACCCCCAUCACCCACACUAACCUCCUCACCCCCAUCACCCACACUAACCUCCUCACCCCCAUCACCCACACUAACCUCCUCACCCCCAUCACCCACACUAACCUCCUCACCCCCAUCACCCACACUAACCUCCUCACCACCAUCACCCCACUAACCUCCUCACCCCCAUCACCCGCACUAACCUCCUCACCCCCAUCACCCUCACUAACCUCCUCACCACCAUCACCCGCACUAACCUCCUCACCCCCAUCACCCGCACUAACCUCCUCACCCCCAUCACCCUCACUAACCUCCUCACCACCAUCACCCGCACUAACCACCUCACCCCCAUCACCCACACUAACCUCCUCACUCCCAUCACCCGCACUAACCACCUCACCCCCAUCACCCACACUAACCUCCUCACCACCAUCACCCGCACUAACCUCCUCACCCCCAUCACCCGCACUAACCUCCUCACCCCCAUCACCCACACUAACCUCCUCACCCCCAUCACCCGCACUAACCUCCUCACCCCCAUUACCCACACUAACCACCUCACCCCCAUCACCCGCACUAACCUCCUCACCCCCAUCACCCACACUAACCACCUCACCCCCAUCACCCGCACUAACCACCUCACCCCCAUCACCCGCACUAACCUCCUCACCCCCAUCACCCGCACUAACCUCCUCACCCCCAUCACCCACACUAACCUCCUCACUCCCAUCACCCGCACUAACCACCUCACCCCCAUCACCCACACUAACCUCCUCACCCCCAUCACCCACACUAACCUCCUCACCCCCAUCACCCGCACUAACCUCCUCACCCCCAUCACCCACACUAACCUCCUCACCCCCAUCACCCUCACUAACCUCCUCACCCCCAUCACCCACACUAACCUCCUCACCCCCAUCACCCACACUAACCUCCUCACCCCCAUCACCCGCACUAACCUCCUCACCCCCAUCACCCACACUAACCACCUCACCCCCAUCACCCACACUAACCUCCUCACCACCAUCACCCGCACUAACCACCUCACCCCCAUCACCCACACUAACCUCCUCACCACCAUCACCCGCACUAACCUCCUCACUCCCAUCACCCGCACUAACCUCCUCACCCCCAUCACCCGCACUCACCUCCUCACCCCCAGCACCCGCACUAACCUCCUCACCCCCAUCACCCGCACUAACCUCCUCACCCCCAUCACCCGCACUCACCUCCUCACCCCCAGCACCCGCACUCACCUCCUCACCCCCAUCACCCGCACUAACCUCCUCACCACCAUCACCCGCACUAACCUCCUCACCCCCAUCACCCGCACUAACCUCCUCACCCCCAUCACCCGCACUAACCUCUUCACCCCCAUCACCCUCACUAACCUCCUCACCCCCAUCACCCACACUAACCUCCUCACCCCCAUCACCCACACUAACCUCCUCACCCCCAUCACCCACACUAACCACCUCACCCCCAUCACCCGCACUAACCACCUCACCCCCAUCACCCACACUCACCUCCUCACCCCCAUCACCCACACUAACCUCCUCACCACCAUCACCCGCACUAACCUCCUCACCCCCAUCACCCACACUAACCUCCUCACCCCCAUCACCCGCACUAACCUCCUCACCCCCAUCACCCGCACUCACCUCCUCACCCCCAUCACCCACACUAACCACCUCACCCCCAUCACCCGCACUAACCACCUCACCCCCAUCACCCGCACUAACCACCUCACCCCCAUCACCCGCACUAACCUCCUCACCCCCAUCACCCGCACUAACCUCCUCACCCCCAUCACCCUCACUAACCUCCUCACCACCAUCACCCGCACUAACCUCCUCACUCCCAUCACCCGCACAAACCACCGGACCUUGGGGGAUAGAGCCUUUGCCAUUGCUGCCCCAACUCUCUGGAACACACUCCCACCGCCCAUCAGAAACUCUGACUCCCUACCAAACUUUAAAUCACUGCCCUCCCGGUCCCAGCUGUCCCACGAGCGGCGAUGGACCACCAAAGUGUCCCGUAGACGGAUGA